AAACAGGUAUUUCUGUUUUAGUGUGUAUGCUUCCAGACCUUCAGCCUGUGUAUACCUGUGAAAAUAUUACAAAUCUGAACGGUUUAUCAAAUUUUCGCUUAAUUUAUGUUGUAAACUGAUCUCCAAACAAUGGCUAAAUUUAUCACCGAGGACGACGUGAAAAUAGGAUAUGCUUCCGAAAGCGACGAUUACGAUUCGGAGAAUUUUCAAGAUCCCAUAACAUCCGGUGAAGAAGGGGAAGUGUACAUCGGUAAUACCGGUAAACUGACGGUAAACAAAUUCUUCAAAACGUUCAAGCACUUUGGCUACAUACUGGACAUGAGUGUUUGGCGUACGCAUAACCAGCUGUAUCAUGCCCGAAUUACAUACGCCAAGCAAGAACAGGCGGAAAAAGCCAUCGACGCGCACAAUGGCAAGAUGUACAACGGAAAACGACUCCGGCUAUCCUUGGUCAACGAACGUAUCGAGCUAAACUAUGCGUCCUGUUUACGGGUGGACGAUAUAAGCGCAAGCUGCGAAGAGGAAGAAAUUUACGAGCAUUUUUCCGAAUGUGGAACGAUUAAAUUUGUUAUCAACACCGGUUUUGCGGUUUACAUACAAUUUGAGAGUUCAUUGUCUGUCAUUGCCGCCAUAAACCUUGAUCCAAUUCUCAACGGAGACCCGUAUGUUCUAUCAAGAAUCUCAUCCGAAGAUAAAGUGGACCAUGUGCAAGCGAUCGAAAACAUGAAAGAAAUCAAAUACCGUAAAAAGUUUGUGAUGGUAGAAAAUUAUCCCAUGUUAGAGAAGGACGCUCCGCUAAAUCGAUACAAAUCGUGCUUCGAGACUGUUGGGCCAGUUCAGCAUUUCAAAAUUGCAUCCACCGGUAACGAUACCGUUACACUGGCCCUCUGUAUGGACCGACAACAGGAUCGAGCUACGGUGAUCGACCGAUUUAAUGGAUCCGUUAUGGAUGACAAGCGACUGAAGCUGUACAUUGCGCCAGGAAAAGCUCGGAUGACGAUCGACCACGUAGCUACGUUUGCUUCGUGUUUAACAAGCGUUGUAGUGGACGGUGUUCCACCUUAUUUCAAAGACUACGACAUGUGUAAUUUGUUCCGGAAAUGUGGUGAUAUCAAUUUUGCGGAACGUUCUAACGGCAAAUGGAUAAUUAGCUUUGAUAACCAUAGAGGAGUUUCUCUUUCACAGUACUUCUACUUCAUGUUAGGCAGGCAACGUUUGGCAAUAAUGGCAUUGUCUCCUGCUACACUGCCCCAAAAGACCAGAGUGCAAUUAAAAGAUUAUCAGGAAAACAAAAACGAUAAAGAAACAACGGAAGCACUUUUUAAAAAACGUAACCUUCGAUCACGAGCAAAAAACGACGAGUUCAUCAAAAAAACGCUAGAGAAAAUGGAACAGGAAAUAAAACAAAAUUUAAAUAACACUAAAGAUCAACCCACUUCGAGUGCAUCUACUGGAAAAGUUCAGCCUAAUAUCUUUUCUACGAACAUGAAUUUAAAAAUGCUAGGAAAAGGAAAACAAAACAGUGCAAAAACGAAACCACAGGGAGACGUUAUCGUUUGUGAUAGUGAGAGUAGCGACGAUAAUACUGAUAACUCGGCCCCAGAUUGUACUGUUUACAUUGGUAACUUACCCAAAGGUAUUGACGAAACAGAUCUCGCGGAACUGUUCACAGGAAACCCAAUAAAAAGUAUAUCGCUGUAUGCCAGCAAGGAUUCGUAUCAUCCAUCAGCAGCGGCCUAUAUCUCAUUUGCCAACAAACAGGGAGUGACAAAAGCUAUCACCCAUCAUCAAGAUCAGUAUCGAGGGAAACGUGUUAUGAUAUUUAAAACUACAGAACCCAGCUUCUUUAAGCCUGAAAGAAGUCUGAUGUUAAAAAAUUUACCAAAACAUGUUGACGAGGAAGGUCUGUUAUUAGAAAUCGAAAAGGUUAUUGGUCCAAAAACGGUCGAGGACGUCCUAAGACCAGCUUACUACUAUGCGUAUGUAGAUUUCAAGGAACAUGUGCCCCCGAUGCAAGUCAUUACCAAGUUGAGAAAUGCCUUUUCCCAGCACAAAGUGGACAUAUUUCAAUUAUAUCACCAAAUACCGAAAUGUUGGAUUAAGCGCCAAAACGUGCAAGGCAGCAAUAUGAUCGACAAAGCCCGUAAGAAAUACGGUCUUAAGGAUCCAGCAACCAUUGAAGGUACCGAUGAACAUUUUGGGGUUCAGCAUGCACACGAAGUGUUCGUCGGAAAUAUUCCACGGGACGCAGUGGCGGAUGACAUAAUAGAUUAUUUUAACAAUUUUGGAACCGUAAUAGAUUACUGCGCGGUGGAGAAGAAGAGUUGCUACCUGAGGAAAUCGGUCAUAAUUAGCUUUCUCAAUGAAAAGCACGCUCAAAAUGUUUAUUGUCAAAGCAGGCACAUGUUCGAAGGUUGCCAACUGGAAGUCCAUCUGAUGGAUGGUGCGCCUUUUCAGUUCGAAAAGAAGAAGGAAUUCUCACUAUCAAAACACAUAGUCCUUGUAUGUAUUUUUUAUUUUAUACAUCCGAACGAAAUACGGCAAACGAUUUCCCCUUUUUAUCAUAUUGAAUUUAUUCUACGUUUCGAUGCUUUUGACGAUCGAGCGAAUACCAUCGUCAAAUAUAAACAAAAAUCUAAAUCAAUAAGUCCAAUCGAUCAAAUAAACCACGAAGCUGUAAAAUUGGUUGACGGUCUUGACUUGACCCCACUUGAUUCGAAGGAAGCACCGGAAAGCCGAGGUAUAGCGAAUUCGAAAUACCGGAAAGAUAAAGAAAAAUAUCUCAGCUUCUGUAUUUAUCUCGAAAAUCAACGUGAGGAUAUGCAACUUCGGACGCGAAAAAAUGAUGGAAACGGGUUUCUGUUUAAAUCUUUCUUCAAUCAUAACUCGGUACAAAUCAAUAAUGUGGCUGUUGAUACAUCGCUCGAUGACAUUCAAGGUUUAUUGGAAAAAUGCGGAACCAUAGUCGACUAUCAAGGAAUCGUGCUCAAAGAGGAUAUGAGUAAGAUUUGUUUUAUAAAAUUUAACAUCGACUUAGCAGCUGAUUUAGCUUGCACGUACAACCAACGAAUGUUGAAUGGGAAGCGGAUUUUAGUGCACAUGGCAAGGGAAGUCUUGAAGAUAGAACGCAGUCGCUCGAUCUUCAUCGAGCAGUUAAAUCCACAGAUCACUACAGAGCAGAUUUAUGAUGCCUUUCAUGGCAUAGGUCCGGUCAAAUAUGUACAAAAACAGUCUCCGUAUACUGCUAUAGUCUGCUUCAAAGAUCAAGAAAGCAUGACAGAAGCGCUCAAUGUUAAGCAAAUCAAUUCAUUAAGCGGUUUUGAAGUAAAUCCUUGUUCAGAAGAUUACGACCCGCUAUUUUUCCACAAUUUUUCUAUCGAAGAGGAAUAUGUAAGUAUAGAAGCACUAAGAACGACGCUAAGACCUAGAAUGCGGGCAGAGUAUCAUCAGAUUGAAUACGAACGACACGUUUUCGAUAAAUUCACUCCACAGCAAAAAGCUUACCUGUUGAAUAAACUAUUUUUGGUUAAGAAAAAGAUGAAAAAUUUCUACAAAAUGCCAUUUAGCGAACAAAUUACAACCUUAAAACUUAUGAAAAGUGAAUUUUCUCAGCAAGAGGCAUUCUUUUCGCUUUCGAUCCGAGAGCAACAUAAACUGCUUGAGAUCGUGUCUGGUCUUACAGAAGAGUUCCCCUACGAGGAAGCACAGAACCUUGAAAUUAUUCCUCCACCAGAAAAACAAGCUCGAACUGAAACAUCCAUAGAAAAGGUCCCUGACAAUGCCUUUGCGGCAAAUUGGUAUUCUCAGGAGACGGAUGUAAAUGCGAUUGAUAACAGCGAGUGCCCACCUGAGAUUCCAAAUCUCACUAGCAAUGAUGAAUCAGAUCCUGGAACGCGUCAUUCUUCUACUGAAAUGGAUUUCCCACAUGGCGUAAUGGGUGAGCAACGGAGAAAUUAUAAUGCACCUCACAUGCAACACGGAAUGAAUGUUCCACCUGGAAUGAAUUUUCGUCCUAGAAUGAACUUCCAUCAACCUAUGAUGUUCUCUCAAGAUCGGCCGAUGAGGCCCAUGAUGCGAGGCCCAGGGCCAAAUAUGAGAGGUGGCUAUCGGGGACAACUUCCGCUUAGCAACAGACCAAUGCACCCACCUUCGUUCAAUAGGCCCCAAUACUUUUAGUGUGCCUGUCUAUAUUAAAGGUAAAAUCGGAUUUGAUAAUAAAUGGAUGGAAUACA